AUGCCGGUGAUUGUUACCCCCUUGCAGGAGCUUUUCAGCGUUCAGGAUCCCACUCACAGGCAAGCUGUAUCGUACUCUCCUGUAACUCACGAUGCUAGCGCUUGUGGGUUAGGUUACGGCAGUGAUGAGAUCACUUGUAGACACCUCCCCAGUUGCCUUUUCGUCUCCAUCUCAUAUCCGUCAUCGACAAUCGGCCUUCCAGUUUCUUCUUUCACCAGGCAUCUUCACUCGGUAUUCCCAUUCUCAUACGCUGGUCCAAGUCCCUGGUGGUCGCUGCUACAACUUUUCAACAUGGUCAACUAUAACUUUCUCAUGUUCGCCGGCCUGGCUGCCGCUCUUCCGCUUAAUAUCAACUUGGGGGCGUACUCCCCUGCCUUGGUAGUUGGUGAUGGUGAAAUAAGCUUCGGAGGUAAACAGGACGUCUCAACACUGAUGAAUGCACUUGAAGGCGCUGCGGUUAACGCUGCCGCAGGUGCUGCUUCCAACGCCCCUGUGGCUUCCGCCCCCGCGGCCGGUGAAAAGAAAACAGUUCAAGCUGCCGCUGUUCCCGCUGCUGCUGCUGCUCCUACAAUCGCGCCUACGUCACCGGCUGUCGUACCCACGACCCCCGGAGGCGCCAGCCCGGCGGCAGUCGACACCAGCAACGCUCCCAAGAUUGACCCAACUCUUGCUCAACAACCGUCGUCGUCCUCUGUGGUUAAGGCCCAGUCCAUUCAGGGCCUUCAAGGCAUGGGCAAGAAGUCGAUCGCCCCUCGCGCUGAGGAGCCGUUUGACGAGAUGGACAUGGAUGAGGAUGAGGAUGACAUCACGGAUGAUAUCACGGAUGCCGCGGCCCUUCUGGACAAGAAGAAGAGAGAUCUUGCCGGUUUUGACAGGGCGCUCAAGUUCUCGGAGGCUGCUUUGACCAAGGGCCCCAAGGUCCAGUUGGGCACUGGUGCUGAGGGCUCGGGGGUGGGCAUUAUUGUGGAUAACAAUGCCAGUACUCGACCUGCUGCUGCCGCCGAAAAGAAGAAGAAGAAGAAGCGCGACGCCGAUGAAACUACCGCCCCUAGACGCAGGACAAAGGUCACGACCAUGUAUGUCCGGAGGGGUAUUCCUGCUUCCCUCCAAAACCACCCGGAACUCGCAACCCGUGAGGUCGCCCACUCUCACAUUGCCAACGUACCCAUCAAGUUCGCUAAGCGCGAGACUGUCACCACCGCCACUGAAGCGAAGCGGAAUACUAUUGACGCCGUGAACAUGAACGUUGAUACUAGCAGUGAGGGUGUCACGAUGACGUUUGUCGAGACGCUUGAUGAUGAGGAGGUGGAGGAGGAGGAGGAGGAGGAGCAGAGGUAGGCGGGAAUGAAACUGGGAUGGACACGAGCAAAUGAUUGAACAGGAAAAUUGAAAGCCAAAACUCAGCAGGGGUGGAUGACAAAAACAAACAGGGGAACAAAUGUGGAGUUGCGGACAGUCAGUUAUGUAUGUUUUCAGGCGUCGGUUGAUGGGUUGUUUAGGUGCGGAGCAUUUGGUUGGUUGUCUCGUUCGUCAAGUAACAGGUUGAAGAUACAACAGAUAUCUCGGGUGAUCAAGAAUGUGUACGUCUUUCCCGGUCUUCACACUGAUGAGUCUGGUUACGGGACAGAUGUGAGAAUUGAGUACCGAACGAAGACGAUGAACGAUGUCAUGCAAUGCGAAAAACAAAAGAUGAAAGUUGAGAAAAUAAGAUACAUGAACACGGCCAGCGAGG